AUUAGGAUCACACAGGCAGCCUGAAAGCUGUCAGUACAACUGCUUCUCAUCUUUUUCACAUAAUCCUGACAUCUUUUCUCUUUUCUGCUGGACACAGACAUUACUGUUUUUAUCAUUUUCAAUCAAGCUCACCCAGAACGCUGAGGAAUAUAUUCCCAGUGAAAGCAAAGUGGAGAACAGAAAUUAUUUUAUAGCUCCUGGAGUAGAAGCAGUGCUGACUGCGUACUGAGGAGAAGGAGCCGGAUCCGUGAAAAAAAUGUAGCUUGGCUCAGGGCUACAUCAGGGAGCUGCUACUUCAGCUGUUAAAGAUGGCAAAACAACACCUACCUUGGGUUUUUCAAUGAUUAAUGCUAUUUUCAUAACCGGGAGGGAAGAGGAUGUGAGAAAUUUUGUGAAAUUAACUUGUGGAAAUGUUACCAUCAGAGAAAGUGGGGAAAAUUACUAGGCUUGAACUUCUCUUCGUUUUGAUGCUCUUCUUCUCUGGACCAACUUUGAGCAAGCUGACCCGGACCCCCUGGAAAGGAAAACCCUGGAAGGGGGGAUCUCGUCUUCGCCAAGAAGACUUUCCCCCUCGGAUUGUGGAGCACCCUUCGGAUGUCAUCGUCUCUAAGGGAGAGCCCACCACUCUGAACUGCAAGGCGGAGGGCCGGCCAACGCCCACCAUUGAGUGGUACAAGGAUGGGGAGCGGGUGGAGACGGACAAGGACGAUCCCCGUUCCCACAGGAUGCUUCUGCCCAGCGGAUCCUUAUUCUUCUUGCGCAUUGUGCAUGGACGCAGAAGUAAACCUGAUGAAGGAAGCUACGUUUGUGUUGCAAGGAACUAUCUUGGUGAAGCAGUGAGUCGAAAUGCAUCUCUGGAAGUGGCAUUGUUACGAGAUGACUUCCGGCAAAACCCCACAGAUGUUGUAGUGGCAGCUGGAGAGCCUGCAAUCCUGGAGUGCCAGCCUCCCCGGGGACACCCAGAACCUACCAUCUACUGGAAAAAAGACAAAGUUCGAAUUGAUGACAAGGAAGAAAGAAUAAGUAUACGUGGUGGGAAACUGAUGAUCUCCAAUACUAGAAAAAGUGAUGCAGGGAUGUACACCUGUGUUGGCACUAACAUGGUGGGAGAAAGAGACAGUGAUCCAGCAGAGUUGACUGUCUUCGAACGACCCACAUUUCUCAGGAGGCCAAUUAACCAGGUGGUGCUGGAGGAGGAAGUUGUAGAAUUUCGUUGUCAGGUCCAGGGAGAUCCUCAACCAACUGUGAGGUGGAAAAAGGAUGAUGCAGACUUGCCAAGAGGAAGGUAUGACAUUAGAGAUGAUUACACACUGAGGAUUAAAAAGGCCAUGAGUACAGAUGAAGGCACCUACAUGUGUAUUGCUGAGAAUCGAGUUGGAAAAGUGGAAGCCACUGCUACGCUCACAGUCCGAGCUCGCCCUGUUGCUCCUCCACAGUUUGUGGUUAGGCCAAGAGAUCAGAUUGUUGCUCAAGGUCGAACAGUGACAUUCCCUUGUGAAACUAAAGGAAAUCCACAGCCAGCUGUUUUUUGGCAGAAGGAAGGCAGCCAGAACCUACUUUUCCCAAACCAACCCCAGCAGCCCAACAGUAGAUACUCAGUGUCACCAACCGGAGACCUCACGAUUGCCAACAUUCAGCGUUCGGACGCGGGUUACUACAUCUGCCAGGCCCUGACUGUGGCAGGAAGCAUUUUAGCAAAAGCUCAACUGGAAGUUACUGAUGUUUUGACAGAUAGACCUCCACCCAUAAUUCUACAAGGACCAGCCAAUCAAACACUAGCAGUAGAUGGUACAGCAUUACUAAAAUGCAAAGCCACUGGUGAUCCUCUUCCUGUAAUUAGCUGGUUAAAGGAGGGAUUUACUUUUCUGGGUAGAGAUCCAAGAGCAACUAUACAAGAGCAAGGAACACUGCAGAUUAAGAAUUUAAGGAUUUCUGAUACUGGCACCUAUACUUGUGUGGCUACGAGUUCAAGUGGGGAGACUUCCUGGAGUGCAGUGCUGGAUGUAACAGAAUCUGGAGCAACAAUCAGUAAAAACUAUGAUUUAAGUGACCUGCCAGGGCCACCAUCCAAACCGCAGGUCACUGAUGUUACUAAGAACAGUGUCACCUUGUCUUGGCAACCAGGUACCCCUGGAACCCUUCCAGCAAGUGCAUAUAUCAUUGAGGCUUUCAGCCAAUCAGUAAGCAAUAGCUGGCAGACAGUGGCAAACCACGUAAAGUCCACCCUCUAUACUGUGAGAGGACUGCGGCCCAACACAGUCUACUUGUUCAUGGUCAGAGCAAUCAACCCCCAAGGUCUCAGUGACCCAAGCCCUAUGUCAGAUCCUGUGCGCACACAAGAUAUCAGCCCACCAGCACAAGGCGUGGACCAUAGACAAGUGCAGAAAGAACUAGGAGAUGUUAUUGUCCGUCUUCACACUCCAGUUGUAUUGACUCCUACCACUGUUCAGGUCACAUGGACGGUUGAUCGCCAGCCGCAAUUUAUUCAAGGCUACCGAGUGAUGUAUCGUCAGACUUCAGGCCUGCAGGCUACAUCUUCAUGGCAGAAUUUAGAUGCCAAAGUUCCCACUGAGCGAAGUGCUGUCUUAGUCAAUCUGAAAAAGGGGGUGACUUAUGAAAUUAAAGUUCGACCAUAUUUUAAUGAGUUCCAAGGAAUGGAUAGUGAAUCUAAAACGGUUCGUACUACUGAAGAAGCCCCAAGUGCCCCUCCACAGUCUGUCACUGUGUUGACAGUUGGAAGCCACAAUAGCACAAGUAUUAGUGUUUCCUGGGAUCCUCCUCCUCCUGAUCACCAGAAUGGAAUUAUCCAAGAAUACAAGAUCUGGUGUCUGGGAAAUGAAACACGAUUCCAUAUCAACAAAACCGUAGAUGCAGCCAUUCGGUCUGUAAUAAUUGGUGGAUUAUUCCCAGGUAUUCAAUACCGGGUAGAGGUUGCAGCUAGUACCAGUGCAGGGGUUGGAGUAAAAAGUGAGCCACAACCAAUAAUAAUUGGGAGACGUAAUGAAGUUGUCAUUACUGAAAACAAUAACAGCAUAACUGAACAAAUCACUGAUGUUGUGAAGCAACCAGCCUUUAUAGCUGGUAUUGGUGGUGCCUGCUGGGUAAUUUUGAUGGGUUUUAGCAUCUGGUUGUAUUGGAGAAGAAAGAAGAGAAAGGGACUCAGUAAUUAUGCUGUUACAUUUCAGAGAGGCGAUGGAGGACUAAUGAGCAAUGGAAGCCGUCCAGGUCUCCUAAAUGCUGGUGAUCCCAAUUAUCCAUGGCUUGCUGACUCAUGGCCAGCUACCAGCUUGCCAGUAAACAAUAGCAAUAGUGGCCCAAAUGACAUUGGAAAUUUCAGUCGUGGAGAUGUGCUGCCACCAGUUCCAGGCCAAGGGGAUAAAACAGCCACGAUGCUCUCAGAUGGAGCCAUUUACAGCAGCAUUGACUUCACUACCAAAACCACAUACAACAGUUCCAGCCAAAUAACACAGGCUACCCCGUAUGCCACGACACAAAUAUUGCAUUCCAACAGCAUACACGAAUUGGCUGUCGAUCUGCCUGAUCCACAAUGGAAAAGCUCAAUUCAGCAAAAAACAGAUCUGAUGGGAUUUGGUUAUUCUCUACCUGAUCAGAACAAAGGUAACAAUGCCUUACUUUACAUCCCUGACUACCGAUUGGCUGAGGGAUUGUCUAAUAGAAUGCCACACAACCAGUCUCAGGAUUUCAGCACCACCAGCUCUCACAACAGCUCAGAAAGGAGUGGCAGUCUCUCAGGUGGGAAAGGUGGAAAAAAGAAGAAAAAUAAAAACUCUUCUAAACCACAGAAAAACAAUGGAUCGACCUGGGCCAAUGUCCCUCUACCUCCUCCCCCUGUCCAGCCCCUUCCUGGUACAGAGCUGGAACACUAUGCAGUGGAACAGCAAGAAAAUGGUUAUGACAGUGAUAGCUGGUGCCCACCAUUGCCAGUGCAAACAUACUUACACCAAGGUAUGGAAGAUGAACUGGAAGAAGAUGAUGAUAGAGUCCCAACACCUCCUGUCCGAGGCGUGGCUUCUUCUCCUGCUAUCUCUUUUGGACAGCAGUCCACUGCAACUCUUACUCCAUCCCCACGGGAAGAGAUGCAACCCAUGCUACAGGCUCACCUGGACGAGUUGACAAGGGCCUAUCAGUUUGAUAUAGCAAAGCAAACAUGGCACAUGCAGAGCAAUAAUCAACCUCCACAGCCCCCGGUUCCACCAUUAGGUUACGUGUCUGGAGCCUUGAUUUCUGAUUUGGAAACAGAUGUUGCAGAUGAUGAUGCCGAUGAUGAAGAGGAAGCUUUAGAAAUCCCCAGGCCCCUGAGAGCACUAGACCAGACACCUGGAUCCAGUAUGGACAAUCUAGACAGCUCUGUGACAGGAAAAGCCUUUACCUCCUCUCAAAGACCUCGACCCACCAGCCCAUUUUCUACUGACAGUAACACCAGUGCAGCCCUGAAUCAAAGUCAGAGGCCUAGGCCCACUAAAAAACACAAGGGAGGGCGAAUGGACCAGCAACCAGCAUUGCCUCAUCGAAGGGAAGGAAUGACAGAUGAGGAGGCCUUGGUGCCCUAUAGCAAGCCCAGUUUCCCAUCUCCAGGCGGCCACAGCUCAUCAGGAACAGCUUCUUCUAAAGGAUCCACUGGACCUAGGAAAGCUGAGGUAUUAAGGGGAGGCCACCAGCGCAAUGCCAGCGACCUUCUUGACAUAGGAUAUAUGGGCUCAAAUAGUCAAGGACAGUUUACAGGUGAAUUAUAGUAACUGAGAGGAGACAUACAAAGCUGCUCUGAAGGACCAUCAGGUCCGAACUCAUGGAAGUGAUGACACUAAACAGUGCAAUGAACAAUUUCUUUAUUUAUGUACUAUUAAAAGAACUGUAAAUGCAAUGUAAAGACACACAGCCACACAUAUCCCACAGAUAUUUUACUUGUGUUCUUCUCUUAAGUACACCACCCACCUUAACUCUUUCUUGUCAGGAGUAUAUAAAAGAAAGAAAACAAAACUCGCCCUCCCGGAAGAAAAGGAUUUUCCUCUGUAUAUAAUUUCUUUUGCAUUGCUAUGCAAGCUCACUCUUUUUAGCUCUGUUCAUAUUAUUGUCUGUUCUUAUUGGUCUGUUGUACUAUAUGUGAAUUAAUAGGCUGUGGUGCCAUAUAUUAACUUUUAAUUGUGUAACUUUUAUGUUUAAAUUUUGCACUGCAAUUUUAUUUGGUGAUAAGCACAAAUCUCUACUCCUCAUGACAUGAAGAAAAAGACUGAAUGUGAAGGGAGUUUCUGUACUGUAAGCUAGGUUGGAUAAUGCUGGUUGUAACCAAUCACGUUAGAUGGUUUUCAGUUGGGGUGUAGAAAUAGGAAGAUGCAAAGGAACAAUGGUGUUGGCAAAGUCUUCUUUGAAUAUCAGGGACUGAGUCAAUAAAAAAAAAAAAAAAAGCAAAAAGGUGGCUUUUACUGUAGACAAAAGCAGGGGUCAAAAGAAGGAAGCUUAAAUCUUAAGACUGAAUAUGCGUUAAAAUAUACAGGUAGCAAAGUUGUACUAAACUUGCUAAAAAAAAAGAAAUUAAAGUUUUAUUUAGAAUCAACUUUACCUGUCAUUGUAAUUGACCCAUCUGAGACUUGCAAGAAGCAAAAGGAAAUUAAAGUGUUUCACAAGAGCUGUGUUUAUAUUACAAUUUUUAAAGAAGCAUUUUCUGAAUUAUCAUAAUUAAUCUCUCUGAUUCAUUAAGUCAGAAUAUAAUAUGAAGUUCCCCAAGGAAACUAACAAAAUGAACUCUAGAAUAUCUAGCAAAUAGUUAAAGAAGCAAUUUUUAUUAGGGCAUACUCUGGCUGAUUCCAAAUAUAAACUCUAUUGCAAUAUAUUGUUUCAUCUUUCUAAUACAUGUACAGUACACACUAGAGGAUAGAGCUGCAUCACUUAAAUUUAUUACUUUUUAAAAAUGCAGUCUAUAUACAAUUUUGUGUUUUCUUGAUUAAGAAGUGAAGUUAAUGCCACCAGAUGUAUAGCCAAAUUGUAAGUGCUUAAAAAGCAGUGCUCAGAGUAUGUUCAGUUCACAGUAAGUAGGUUUAUUGGAAUAAAUAUUUUAUGGUACAUUCUCAGAAAUUGGCUACCAGCUAAAAUAGGUUUGACCCAUUUUGAAUGAGUAAAUUGAAAAGAAAAAUUAAAAAGGAGAAAAAUGCAUGUUUAUACACUUUUUAAAUAAAACCAAACCUUGUAAGUGGA